AUGCUACUGAAACCUACACUACUCCGAUUCAGUCAAUAUAAUAAUGACCUACGGCUUUGCCGUUUGAAAGUUCCCAUACUGCAGAUGAGAUGCAUCGUCCAAACCGUGACUCCGAAAAUGACUUUCGAAGGAAACACUGAAGGCAUUAGUACGUCAGAAGAAGCUCAAAUGAGUAGAAUUUUUGGCGGAAGGAUUAAGGGAGAAGCACCGAAAUCAACGAGUAGAAUUCUGACUGGUGGUACCAGAAAUAUUGCCGGUGUCAAAGUACCUGAAAAACCUAUUGCGCCAGAUAACUGUUGUAUGUCUGGUUGUGUUAAUUGUGUUUGGGAAAUAUAUAAUGAGGAUAUCAGAUAUUGGAAAAAGAAAAGGAGAGAAGCAGCAGAUAAGAUUAAGUUAACACAUGAAGUUUGGCCAGCACGUUGGAAUCCUCCAUUGGGAUUAUUAGAAAUGAAAAAUGUGCCGAGGUCCCUUCGAGAAACUAAGCUCAAUUAUGACCGUCAAAAGGCUGAACAAGUUGAAAAAACGCCUUCAGAUUUAUUCACCAAAAGAGAUACCCCUUUACCAAAAGCUGUUAUUGAAGCUAAAAAGAGACAUAUAAAAGAGAGGGCUACCAAGAAUAAAAUGAAAGAACAAGAAUCAGGUGAAAAAAUUGUUAACAAGAUUGAUGACGAUACCGAGGGUUGGGCAGGUGUGCCUGUUUAUAUUAAAGUAUUCGCUGAAUUUGAAAGUAGGCAACGAGACAAAAAAAUUAGGAAGAGCUAA